UUCAGCCGGAGCAGUAUAUAUAAGAGGGGUGGAUGAGGAGAAGGCCCCUGGCAGCCAAAAUGAAGUCUCUGGUGUGUGUGUGCUGCUUGCUGUCUCUGCUGGCCGUGUCUUCUGCAGAUCUCCUGGCGGGGUCUUCCAUCCAUGAUGAAGAGCCUCUGGUGCGUCUGCAGCUCCAGCAGCCAGAGGGAGACCUUUUCUCCUGCGGAUGUGACACAACAGAGGAGCACGCCAGCCAGAGCUCCUCCAACGACACCCCGGCCCCGGAGAGGGCCAUGUGUCAGCCCUGCAAGCCCCCGUCAGCUUUAAGCACUGAUGCUGAAAAGGAAGAGCCAGCCUCCAACUCGGAGCUUGAAGAGGAGGAGGAGGAGGAAGCAGCUCCCACUGAGGAGGUGGCAAGUGAUGGAGAAGAAGAGCAGGAGGAGACAGCUUCCCAGGAGGAGGUAGUAGAGGAAGAGGAAGAAAAAGAGGUGAUAUCUGAGGAAGAGGCUGAGGAAGAGCCUUUACAGGAGGCAGAGUCAUUGGAGGAUCAAAUUGUGGAGGAAGAGGAAGAGGCUAAGGAAGUUGCAUCAUCCGAAGAGGAAGAGGAGGAGAAAACUGAGGAAGGAGAGGAUGAAGCAGAGGAGCAAUUAUCGCAUGAGGAAGAAGAAGUGACUGAGCCUCAGGAAGAAGUUGCAGAAGAGGAAGAACCUCCUGCUGAAGAAACGGUUGAAGAGACUGUUGAGGCACCAGAAGGAGACAACACACAGGAGGAAACAGAGGCAGCAGCUGAGGAAGAGGAAAGUGUGGAAACUGUCCUGAACGAGGUUGUAGAGGAGGAAGCUGCUGUGUCUGGGGAUGCAGCUGAGGAGGAGGUUGCAGUGGCUGAGUCUGAACCAGAAGCAGAGACAGAGGAGGUUCCUACAGCAGACUCGGAACCUGAGGAAACACAGCCAGAAGUCACAGCAGAAUCUGAGGCUGAACCUGAAGUAACUUCAGAGCCUGAGACUGAAGUGGUUUCAGAGCCAGAACUAGAGCCAGAGGUGAUUCCUGAAGUAGAGCCAGAGCCUGUUCUGGAUGAAGUUACACCAGAACCUGUAGAGAAAGUAGCUUUGGUGGAUGUACCUGUGGACACCACAGCAGAGGAGGCAACAGUGGAGGAGGUGACCUCAGAGGAGUCUCACGCUAAAGGACAUGAGGUGGAUAAGGGAGCAGGCCCGACGCUGAGGGACCGCUCCCACAUUGAGGACACGCUGCAACUGGCUACUGCUGAGCCCUCAGCAGAGUACAAGGCUGCUAUGAAGAAGCUGUUGAACAUCUACCACACAGCCAUCAAGCCAAUGGAGCAAGCCUACAAGUACAACGAGCUCAGGCAGUAUGAAGUCACAGAUGGUGAGAUCACCUCUAAGCCCAUGGUUUUGUUUUUGGGACCCUGGAGUGUCGGCAAGUCCUCCAUGAUCAACUACCUGCUGGGUCUUCACGGCACCUCCCAGGAACUCUACACAGGUGCUGAGCCCACCACCUCUGAGUACACCGUCAUAAUGCACGGUGAGAAGUUUCGGACCAUCGAGGGCAUUGUUAUGGCAGCAGACAGCUCACGGUCCUUCUCUCCCCUGGAGAGGUUUGGCCAAGGCUUCCUGGAGCGGCUGGUGGGCGUUGAGAUGCCCCACGCGCUGCUGGAGAGGGUCACCUUCGUCGACACGCCCGGCAUCAUUGAGAACCGCAAGCAGCAGGAACGAGGUUACCCUUACAACGAGGUGUGCCAGUGGUUCAUUGAUCGAGCUGAUCUGAUCUUCCUGGUGUUCGACCCCACCAAGCUGGACGUGGGUGGGGAGCUGGAGAUGCUCUUCAGGCAGAUGAAGGGCCGUGAGUCCCAGAUCCGCCUCAUCCUCAACAAGGCUGACAGUCUAACGACACAGGACCUGAUGAGGGUCUAUGGGGCCCUGUUCUGGAGCAUGGCACCGUUAAUCAAUGCCACAGAGCCCCCUCGGGUUUAUGUCAGCUCCUUCUGGCCUCAGGAGUACGCUGCAGACACCAGCCGAGAGCUCUUUAAAAAGGAGGAGAUCUCUCUGCUGGAGGACCUCAACCAGGUGAUUGAGAACCAGAUGGAGAACAAGAUUGCUUUCAUCCGCCAGCAUGGCAUCCGUGUGCGCAUCCAUGCCCUGCUGGUGGACCGCUACCUCCAGACAUACUACGACAAGCUGGGCUGGUUUAGCGACCCCUACGAGGUGUUCCAAGAUAUUGUGACUGACCCGGACAAAUACUACAUCUUCAAGUCCAUUCUGGCCAAGACGAAUGUCAGCAAGUUCGACCUGCCCAACAAGGAGGCCUACCAGGACUUCUUCGGGGUGAACCCGGUUUCCAGCUUCAAGCAGCUCUCCAACCACUGCAGCUGGACCAGCGGCUGUCUGCUGGAUAAGAUAGAGAAGGCCAUCUCGCAUGAGCUCCCAGCUCUGCUCAGCAGCGUCGGCAAAGCCGCAGGCACGCCUGCCCCAGCGAAGGCUGCACCAACAACUCCACCGCCUCUCCCCGGUACCUGCGAAGGUCCCGGGUGUGAAGAGAAACCCAGGAAUCGCUGGAGGAGGCAGUGAGAUGGAGCAGAAGGGUGCAGGAGGAGGAACAGAGGAGGUAGAUGGCAGCAGCGGCAAGGGCAGCAGCCAGAGGGUUUCCUGGUGUAAUCCCCCACUGCUGUGAUUUUCAGAACUGGAUGUGGGGAGAGAGAAAAGAGCGAAAGAACGAGAGUGAACAGUGUUGGAAAAUGUGCAAAGAUCAAAAGUACCAAGCAGACCUGAGUCAGACAGUAUUUAAGAAUACUUCUUAAGGCUUGUUUUUAACUGUAAGAUGUACCAAAUGGAUGGGUUUUACUACAUCGGGACAGUACAGUUGUAGGUGACAGAAAAGUAUACCCAACUGAGUUUCAAAAUACUUUUCUAUGACUGUAUAACAACUCUCCGCUACCCAUUGUCCUAUAUGACACCUAUCUAGUACUUGCGUAUGUCAAAACAAACAACGAAAAGUGUUUGCAUGUAGUAUUUUUGAAUACUGUUUGGAAGAAAAAAAGUGUAGAAAAAGAGGCAUGCAGUCAACUUUCUAUCUGAAGCCAUUGCUGUCUGCAAAGUGUGAAUGUGUGCAGAAGAAAAAAAGUUGGAGAAAAAUCGAAGGCCUUCAUUUCCACCUAAGUGCUCGGGAUAUGUUGAUGAAAUCUGAGAAUGAUUAUUUUCUUCUUUGUCACUGUUUUUAAGUUUGUACAUUAUUUAUUCAAGUUUCUUUCUUCAGAGAAAGAUGCCGGCAGUGACUAUACUCCUCUGGAGAUAACUGCUGCCACUCGUAUGUCUUCUGUGUUGUUUGCAAAAUCUGAAGAUUCUGUCAAAUCUGCUGUGCUGUGUUUUUACAGUUAAACCGGUGUAGGUCAUUAUCAUGCCAGUGCACAAAUUUACAUCUGUGGGACAAUAAUAGAAUACUCUCAUAGUAUUUAUUUAGCAGUGAUUCAACCAUGUUUAGUAACUGUGUUGUACUGCACUACUGUAUACUAUACUGUCCUUUUUCUUUGUAUGGUACUAUACUAUGUUCACUAUAGAAAUAACUUUAGUUUUACCGUUUCUCAGCAAUGCACUGGGACAGAAUUGACUGCAUACAAUCAUGGUAUUUUCCUCAAAACUCCCAUCAUUUAAUGGUAGCUUUCUGUCCACGUAAGCUUGUAUUUUGGCCUUUUCAGCCCACUGAACUAUUGCCAGUUUUAUCUCAACACUGUUGCGUACAAUAUGGGCAUUUCCUUUCAAAUGUAAUCUUUUCCUCAUUCUUUUAGGCCUGUUUGUAAUCGUCAUUCUUUUGUGUGAUUCCUUCUGAGUA